UUGCGUUCCUACCGUUCCCCCCCCCCCAAUCUCUUCUCGUAACUUUGAUCUCUCUUAUUGAUGAACUCUUGAAGGGAACGGAAAUCGAAAAUCCAAGAGGUGCCCCUUACUAAUUCUAUCCAUCAUAAUCAUUUGAAUAAUUAUUUGGUAUUCUCCUGCAUCCUAGGAGAUGGAGGGCUUGAAUAUUGAAGGGAUUCCCCAAGUGCCUAUUGAUCCAAACUCUGUUGAUGUAUUGUCAAGCUCAAAUAUUGAUCCAAACUCUGUUGAUAUAUUGUCAAGCUCAAAUAUUGAUCCAAACUCUGUUGACAUAUUGUCAAGCUCAAAUAUUGAUCCAAACUCCGUUAAUGUAUUGUCAAGCUCAAAUAUUGAUCCAAACUCUGUUGACAUAUUGUCAAGCUCAAAUAUUGAUCCAAACUCUAUUGAUGUAUUGUCAAGCUCAAAUGAAUCAAAGCCUACUAUUUCAUUUGAUUUGCCAUCAAGUUUCUCGGUUGGUCAUACUAGACAUUCAAGUGAAGAUUUAAGUUCCCUUACAAUUAAUAAUUUACGCAUAAAUCAUAGAGAGGACAAUUACCAAAGCCAGUUUGAAGAGAAGCGGAUACAUAGCCAUGGUCACACAAGACGUUUUAGUGAAGAUUUAAGUUCUUUGAAGAUUAAUGAUCUAUGUGCAAAUAAGGAAGAGGAGAAUUAUGACAACCAGCUUGAGAGGAAGGAAAUAUAUCGCCAUAACUCAGCUGGAAACAUUUUCAGGGCUGCAGAGAUUGCUGAACGCUUCAUUCAAACCAUUGAUAAGAGAGUCCUGGUCGACACAGCAGCACCAAUUGAAUCCGUUAAAGAUGCUGUUAGCAAAUUUGGAGGGAUACUUGAUUGGAAAGAGAGACGGAAACAUGUCCAAGUUGAGCUUGACAAGAUGCAGGAAGAUGCUCCUGAGUACAAGAGAAGAGUGGAAGUCACAGAAGUUGAGAAAAGCAAAGUUCUUGAGGAGCUAUAUUGUACUAGACGAACUAUAGAACGACUAAAAAUAGACCUAGACAAAUCCCAUACUGAGACAAUUCAAGCACAACAAGACUUAGAGCUUGCUGAGAUUCGGUUUGAAGAGAUGCAACAAGGCAUUGCCCGCAAAGAGAGAUCUAUAACAAAGGCAAAGAUUGAGGUUGCCAAUGAACGACGUGCAACGGCCUUAGAAGACUUGCAGUCAGUGAAGAUGGAGCUAGAUCAACUUCAAAAAGAAUACACAUCUCUAAUUUCUCAAAGGGAUAACACUGAAACAAAAGCACGUAAGGCCAUUGUUGCAUCACAAGAAAUUGAAAAGGUUGUUCAGGAUCUCACCAUUAAGGUUAUCACAAUGAAAGAUUUGAUAACCACCUCACAAGCUAACCAUGUUAUAGCUGAGGGGAAAAAAAUAAAUGCAGCUUUGGCUUAUCAACAGGACAUGGUGAAUUGGCAGAAUGAGCUAAAACAGAUUGAUGACGAGGUUCAAAAGCUCAAUGAUGACCUAUCACUCAAUAAAGACCUUGAGUCAAAGCUACAAACUGCUUCAAUGUGGCUGAUGAAUCUAAGGGACGAGUUUAAGGCUCACGUGGAUGGUACAUUGCCUAAAGUGCCAUCUGAGGCUAGAGAGGAAGAGCGGCCAAUGAUAAUUGUUUGUGCGAAGCUAGCACGAACUAGGAAGGAGCUUGAAAAUAUGAGGAUAGACAUUGAUAAGGCCAAGGAUGAUGUGAAGUCUUUGUGGAAUGCUGCUGCUACAUUACAAGCUAAUGUAGAGAUGGAGAAAACAAACAUUGCAUCAUUAAGGCAAAAAGAGAAUCUUGCAUUUGAAUCUGCUUUAGCUCUUCAAGAAGAAUUGAGCAAGAUUGCUUUUGAGCUCAGCAUGGUGGAAGAGAGAACAAAAGCAGCAAAAAUGCCUUUAGAACUACAGCAAGCAACUAAAAAGUUGGAACAUGCAAAGUUGAAUGCUGUAUUUGCUAGGAAUGAGAUGGAAAAAGCUAGAGAAGAGGCAGAUCAAGCCCAGGCAGAGGUAAAUGUUGUUCAAUUGAGAAUAGAAGCAACAUUGAGGGAGAUACUUGCAGUUAAUGCAUCAAGAGAAAUUGCAGUGGCAUCAGCAAAUGCACUACAAGACUAUAAACAGGAAAUAGAACUAGAACCACUAGCUAAUCGAAAAAACAACAAUGUCACAUUGUCACUUGAAGAGUACAAUGUAUUGUGCAAGAAAGUGCAAGAUGCCGAGGACUCUGCUAAGAAGCAAGUUAUUAGAGCUAUAGAGAAGAUCAAGAAAGCAAAGGAUGCAGAGGUGAGGAGUUUGGAUAGGUUAGAUCAACUGAUCAAGCAAAUUGAUGAUAGGAGGGUUGCACUGAGAGAGGCUCAUGAGAAAGCCAAUGUAGCAUGUGAUGGAAAAUUAGCAAUGGAGAAUGAACUAAGAAAAAGGAGAGCCCAUCAUGAGAAACAACGAAAUACUGGUGAGGUAUCUCUUCCUAUUGCUCAAAUCUCCAAUGUAAAGAACACAUCAACCUCUUUUGACGCAGUAGGAUCAUCUAACUCCAAUCCUUAUAAGUAUCGAAUGUUGCUACCUAGAGCUGACACUAUAGCAACUACAAUAGCUGAGUCAAGGCCACGGAAGUCUUUCUUCCCACGGUCCUUAGUGGCAAUGUUCAUGUUUAGGAGAAAGACACAUUUGAAGUGAUAACUCUUCUCCUUGCUAGCUUGCCUAUUUAUUUUUGUUUGUUUUUGUACAUGUACCUUCAAAGUGUCGACGUUUAGGGUGGGUUGUAAUUACUUAUCGAAAAUAUAUAAAAUUAAGCCAGAGGUAUUUGUUGUUCUUGUACCA